AUGAACCCUUUGAAUCCUGUUCUCGGCACCGAGGGAGAUUUUACUACCAGUCCGGAGAUAAGUCAAGUUUUUGGCGAGCUUCUUGCUGUUUGGCUUCUCUCGCAGUGGCUUCAUGUAGGCAAAGUGCGGAAGAUUCGCCUCGUUGAGCUUGGUCCCGGGCGUGGAACAUUGACGCAUGACAUUCUACGGGUGUUGUCGCAAUUCCCAUCGGCACGAGAGGCAGUUGAGGAGGUUCACCUAGUCGAAACAAGUCUGUCUAUGCGCUCCAGACAGGAGGGAAAGCUGGUGACUUAUUCACAAGAAUACGGUUGGGCAUUGAACUGGCAUGGAUCGAUUGAUGACGUUUCACCGGACGCAAGCAAAUACACGAUGAUUGUUGCACACGAAUUUUUCGAUGCGCUACCAUUCCAUCUCAUCCAGAAAACUCAACAAGGAUGGCAAGAAAUUCUGAUAACCUCUACACCGGACCCAGCGGCAUGCACAGUUCUUCAACCGUCUCGGGCAACCAAUCUCGACUUCACGACGACCGAUCCAACACCUACCUUAAGUUCCCCAUCAACGACUCGUUUUCGCCGUAUCCUCUCACCAACUCCAACACCGUCGUCAACCCUUCUAGGGCUAUCCUCGAACAGAUUCAAACAGCUCCCGGUUGGUAGCCAGAUCGAGGUCUCACCAGCGGCGUUCAAAAUUGCAAGACGAGUCGGUGAGCUCGUGUGUGAGGCUGGAGGUUCGGGAGUAGCAGGUAGUGCGCUGAUUGUUGACUACGGAGGCGACAGGGCGUACGGGAACUCAUUCCGGGCAUUUAAGGAGCACAAAAUUGUAGACGUAUUUCAUCGCCCCGGCGAAUGCGAUUUGACCACAAACGUGGACUUCGCGUACCUCAAAGAAGCCACUGCUGACUUGGCAUUGUCGCUCGGCCCUCUCUCUCAAGCUGCCUUCCUGACUCGUAUGGGUCUCCCAUCACGUGUCGAAGCAUUGAAGAAGUCUGCGUCCAGCCAAGAAAGGGGUGAUGCAAUUGAAAAAGCCGCACAGCGCCUUGUUGACCCAACUAGAAUGGGCGCUGAAUACAAAAUUAUGGCCAUGACUGGGCGACGAGAUAUUGAGCCCAACAUACAGGAGAGGUGGCCAUUCGUGGACGGGCUCUGA